UCUUUAGUUCACCUGAGAGAGAAGAGGUAAUGAUCUUGAGCAUAACAGAUCACUGCUUGUAUUAAUUGCAUUAAUUACAAGUAAAAUAAUUAUAAGUAAUGAGUUUCAGUAUUAUAAUUUUUCCAUGGUAAAUAGCUAAAAAUAAAAGACCCAUGUUGUUUUGAUUCGAUUUUAAGCCGCGGUAUGAUAAUUCCGUAAGUAGGCGUAGUCUAGGAUGUUGAGGGUGGGCGUGACGAGACAUCAAAGCAUUAUUAAUGAGUGGAGCUCGAGCAAAGGCUACUGCACUGGCCGGCUGGAGAUCCUGUCAUCACAGCAUCAAAGAAGCACUACUAACUACCAUAGGAAGCGCCCAAAAGCCUGCCAACAUCCGCCGGUUAGCUGUGUCAAGCCAUCAUCAUGGGAGGAACUUCUUCAACCAUUAGUGGCAGUUCAACAGACCCGCAGCCUCAAGCAGUAGCAGACAACAUGGCAGAGUAUGUGGAGGCAGUAGUUGGGAAAGCAUCAGAGUUUGGAGACAAUGAGAUGCGUGAGGUGGAGCUGGGAGAGUCCAAGGCUCUAGUGAUUAAGCACGAUGGUCAGUUCUCAGCCAUUGGACACAAGUGCUCUCAUUACGGGGCUCCGCUCAUCAAAGGUUACCUUGGCAACGGACGAGUGCGGUGUCCAUGGCACGGAGCUUGUUUCAACAUCAAGAGUGGUGACAUUGAAGACUUUCCAGGUCUCGAUGGAGUCCCUAGUUUCCAGGUUCAAGUGGAGGGAGAUGAUGUGGUGGUGAAGGCAGACAAAGCUUCACUGACUAACUUCAGACGUACUAUGACAAUGUGCCCGGCUGAUCCUCAAGAGGACCAGAGAGUGUUUGUCUGUGUAGGCGGAGGGGCUGCCUCUUUGGAGUGUGCCGAGACGCUGAGACAAGAAGGGUUCAAAGGUCGUAUCAUCCUCGCCACCAAAGAAUCUGAUCUCCCAUAUGACCGGCCAAAGUUGAGCAAAGCACUAACGUUCAGUGGUGCUGACUUAGCUCUGAGAUCAGCUGACUUCUACAGCAGUAAUAACAUCGAGGUGCUACUCAGCACUGAGAUGACUGGACUGGACCUCACUCAACACAGCAUUACCUUUGCCAAUGGAGAGACACAGAAAUAUGACAACCUACUACUGGCCACAGGCUCUAAGCCGAGGUCGUUACCCAUCCCCGGGUUCCAAUUGGACAAUGUGUUCCUAUUGAGGGACCCUGCUCAGGGUAACAAGAUUGCUGAGUCAGCAGUUGGGAAGAAUGUGGUCAUCAUUGGAACAUCCUUCAUCGGCAUGGAAGUGGCUGCCUACCUGAGUAACAAGGCUGCCAGUGUUGCAUGUAUCGACCUCACAGCUGUACCGUUUGAGAGGGUACUGGGGGAGAGGGUGGGCAAAAUGCUCCAGACUAUGCACGAGGAGAAGGGAGUCAAGUUCUACUUGGGAUCAGGAGUUAAGGAGAUUGUUGGGGACGAGGGAAAGGUCACAGGGGUCAUGCUGCCAUCAGGGGAGACGUUAGAAGCUGAUGUGGUCGUCGCUGGUGUUGGUGUUGUGCCUGCCACAGAGUUCCUCAAGGACUCUGGUGUCCCCAUGACCCCACGAGGGGAGGUCAUAGUAGACAAGCACAUGAUGGCCACUGAUGGAGUGUUUGCAGCUGGUGACAUUGCUCGCUUCCACUUACCUCUCAUCAAUGGAGACACUAAUAUUGGACACUGGCAGCUGGCUCACAACCAUGGUCGAGUGGCAGCUCGCAACAUGUUGGGUCGUGAGGAGGAGUUCAAUAGCAUCCCUUACUUCUGGACAGUGCAGUACGGGAAGAGUGUCCGCUAUUGUGGCCACGCCCUCUCGUGGGACGAGAUCAUCUACAAUGGCAGUCCAGAGGAGAACAAGUUUGCAGCAUUCUAUGUCAAGGAUGACAAGGUUAUGGCCGUGUCCAGUCUGAACUUUGACCCCGUAGUGUCUCAAUGUGCAGAGCUCAUGUACCAAGGCCGAAUGCCCAGUGGAGCGCAACUCAGGGACAACCCAGAUGUUGCCGCCUACAUUUAAUCAAUCUGAACUAUCUAAACAACUGCCGUAGUAUUUUUUGAUCAAGACACAAAUAUGAAUUUCCGAAUUUACAGUAAAAGUUAUAAUAAUUAUAUACAUUUGUACUACUAAAUGAGGAAAAUAAUUAAUAGUUGAGAAAAAGAA